CUCUGCUUCACUGCUUCACUGCUUCACCUUGGAAAUGGCUCCCUGAGUCCCUGAACAUCAGAGGAAGGCCAUAAAUCGCUCCAUGGAGCAGCGAAAGGAUGGAGGAGCGCUCCUCAAAGACCGCAACAUUCUCCGCAAGAUGUGGCGGUUGAGAAGGCAAGAAUUCAUCGCCAUUUUGGGCUUUGUAACUGCUUCCUGGUGCUUUUCCUGCUGGGGAAUGCCCUUUCCAGGCAACGCGGAUGCACAACGUUUGCUGCCGCAGCGUCGCUUCUUCGGAUCCUUGCUGGACCCCUCUAGCUUUCAACGUGAGACCUUUGUGUGCGAAACGUUGGAUCGCUGGCUGCCCUCUCCUCCCCCCAAGAGCAGCAUGGUAGCGUUGGAGAUCGAGCCGGAAAGCUCCAGGUAUUGGCCCUAUUUGAGACCAGCCGAUUGUAAAUGGUACAUGGACAGGAUUUACGUGGUCGGAGAGCUCUAUGGUGAGCGGCUGCAAAAGAAGGAAAUGCAAGAGAUGGCAGCAACAGCAGAGGGGAUGGGAGCCUCUCUUCGCGCUUUGGCAUGGCGGAAGGCGGGCAUUCCCUCGGAAGUAAAGCCUGGUUCCAUUGACAUGGGUUUGAUGGCGGAUGGGGCUUUCACGGCCUUGGGGCCAAAGAAGACCGAGGCAGCUUUGAAGCGAAUGUACAUCAUGCUCAAGAACUCGGGACGAUUCUACAUUGUCGCGAACGAGCAGGAUGAGAAGAUGGCUCUGCGCGGUCAGCUGGACAUCGGCUUUGAACCAGAGGUCUUGCUGAAAUUGGGCUGGCAGAUCCGAGCGUCGAAGAGAGACCAUGGCCUUGUGGUGGCCUAUCUGACAAAGCGUCGGCGCGCGAAACCUGCCGCCAAAGCGAAGAAAUCUUUUGAUUGAAGUCUCUGAAGGUCAGCGUGUGAGUUGACCGACAUUGGCAAGUUUUCGGUUGCGUUGCUGUGGAAAAUGAUGAAUGUCGGUUGCGUUGCAAAUC